AAACUGUCGUCUCUGAUGAAAGUUUGCAUGAUUCAGCUCAGCUGAACAAAAAUACCGAAAACAUUCUAGAACUUGUCAUUAGAGGGAAAAAAUCCUACAAAGAUGUAUAGUUUUGAGGGUGAUUUUCGAAGAAAACCAAUACAGUCUUUGAGAGGUGCCAGUAGAAAGGAGCAGACAGAUUCAUUACUGACAAGGACAAAGGCUGGAAGAGAAAAACGAGAGGAAAAAAGGCAAAGAAACAGUUCAUCUGUGAUAAUUCAGUCUGCUUAUCGAGGCCAUAUUGAAAGAAAAAGACAGAGAGAGAUUCUUCGACAAGAGUAUGACCAGCUGAUCACCAAAAAGAUCACAGACCCAGUGACUUUGUUUGAUGCCAUUAGGAGACUGUGUUAUUUUUACAGAACAGACUGUGAAAGAGAUCGAGACCGACUGAUUCAGCUUUGCCAACUUGUAAUCAAACAGACUGAGUCAGUGAAAUCAAAAGUAACGCAGACUGGGGAGUCUGGUAUUUUUCUUCUAAAGCAUCUUCUGUUACUCUGUCUGAAGAAUCUGCAAAAUGUGACAGAUUCAAGGUCUUGGGGUCCUCCAAUGAGAAUGUUGGAAAUAUUCACUUCAGUAGACACCUUUAAAGAAAAGAAGGAAAUUCUUGGCAAAAUUUGGUUAUUUCUGAUCAAAAAAGAAUAUUUUGGAUCUAUGAGACAUGUGUUGGAAGCAAAAGUUCCUCAAAGUUUGGAGAAGUCUCCCCACCCACCCACACCACAGGCUGAUAGUAUUUUUAAGAUGAUUGUGAGCCCUAUUCAGUUUGCUGUAUUAUCAAAGAAUAAAGAAUUUUGUGAUUUAGUGCUGAGGAGUGUGUGUUACUACCUGUUUUGCCCAGCCUACUCAGAGCAGGUGGAACAAUUCCUGAUCCCUGCGAUGGUCUACAGUAAAUUUCCCUUCCCUUUUGUGGAGCUGAUACAGACCCUGAUUCAGCAGACAUCAUCUGUUUCUGGUCCAGGAAAUACCAACUUAAAGAGAUCUCCUGUCGUAACACCAUCCCCCUGGUUACUAAGCUCAGUCAUAACUUUUGCAGAGAAAAAUAUUGAGAGUUUGAGUGUGAGUGAUGCAGUGGACUUCCUCUCUGUACUGAAAACCUUACUGCCACACCUGCCAGCCGGAGUGUUUAAAUCCAGCACUGACAGUGAUAGCGACAGCAGUGAUGAAGAAGAUUCCAUAGUUAUGAUCUCAAAAGAACUUCGUGAUUUAGCUGCCGACUGUGUGAAUUUCUUGAAUUCCCAGAAAUUUGUUCGCUGCGUGGUGGAGUGUUUGAACUACAGAAUGGAUCCACAUCUCAUUUCUUCUGUCUGUCUUAUUUGUCAUUCCCUCAUGUCUCAACAGCAUCUGUCCAUUCAUAAACUUAGGUUAUUGUAUAGUCUAGCAUUUAACACCAAAUUUAUGAAGUUGCUAUGGAUAACCUGUACUCAUGUGUCCAACACAACAGUGACUGGGUCACAGAUCACACUGCUGCAGACUCUGUCCCGAGGUCUGGAGAUGUCGGACAGUGAUAUGCAAAGAAUCGUACCACUGUUGUCAGUGUUCUGUUCCAUGUUCAGCCACUCCCUUUACACACUACAUGAUGCUGACUUCUAUGGAGACAUGAAAAGCAGCAAAGACAGCAGCAUGCCAUUUUCCCUCCAAGAGCUGGUUCCCAUGGUUCUGAUGUUGAGAGACACUUGUCUGGGGAUCAUAGAACUGGCCCACCCAGAGACUCGUCUGUCUGUGACAGAGGACUACAGAGAAGCUCUACGCAGGACUGCAAUGAAGGACCCCCGAGACAGCUCAUAUAAUGAUCGGGAGGCACCAUUCAGGCACACCAAGACAUGGGCUUAUUUAUUCAAGGUUAUAGCUACUUUAGUUAGACAGCUGUACACUAGGGAUUCCAGAAAACGGUUCUGUCCCCCAAACUCCUGGCUGUCUGAUAGGGUACAGAUACAUGCGGAUAAGCCUUCUCAGAUGUACAGAGCAAGGGGAUCAGUUUUCUCUCAACGUCCCUUUGGCACAAUGAGACACCUCACGAAAGCGCAGUUAGAUGAUGAUGGGCCACCGUUAUCAAACACAGAUGUGAAAAACCUAGUUAUACUUACUGAGCUUCCAUUUGUGGUGUCAUUUCAGGAAAGAGUCAAGAUUUUGCAGAAGUUGAUAGUGAAUGACAGGGACGAGAACCAGGGUGAUGCCCACAACUUCUUGACUGGUCCCUCCAUUAAUGUCGCUAUCAGGAGGAACUAUAUAUAUGAGGAUGCUUAUGACAAACUUUCACCUGAUAAUGAACCAAACUUGAAGCUGAAAAUGAGAGUACAGUUGAUGAAUGCAGCAGGCUUGGAUGAAGCCGGUAUAGAUGGAGGAGGAAUAUUUCGAGAAUUUCUGUCAGAGCUUUUGAAAACUGGAUUUGAUCCAAACAGAGGAUUGUUCCUGAUGACCACAGAUAGAUUAUUGUACCCAAAUCCUCAGUCCGUAUCACUCAUGGAUAAUUAUACCAAGCAUUACUAUUUCCUCGGACGUAUGUUGGGCAAGGCUAUUUAUGAGAACAUGUUGGUAGAGAUUCCGUUUGCUACCUUCUUUUUGUCAAAAAUCCUCAGUCGACACGGAGGAGACCUGGACAUUCAUCAUUUGGCAUCACUUGAUCCAGAAAUGUACAGAAAUCUACUGUCACUGAAGACUCUGAAUGGUAAAGAGGUAGAUGAUCUGGGUUUAGACUUCACAACAGUGGAUGACAAUUUUGGACAGAGAAAGGUGGUGGAGCUGAAGCUAGGAGGAAGAAAUAUUGCAGUCACAGAUGCCAACAAAAUAGAGUAUAUACACCUUAUGGCAGACUACAAAAUCAACAAACAGAUAAGAACACAUUGCACUGCCUUCCGUCAGGGAAUGGCGGACCUUAUUAACCUUGAGUGGUUGCGAAUGUUUGACCACCAUGAGCUCCAGACUUUGAUAUCAGGUGCCAUGGUUCCAGUGAACAUAGAGGAUCUCAAGCAACACACACAUUACUCAGGCGGAUAUACAGUACAACACCAAGUCAUCCAGAACUUCUGGGAUGUCGUGGAGAACUUCACAGACACACAGAAACGUCAGCUACUGAAGUUUGUUACAAGCUGCUCAAGACCCCCCCUGCUGGGAUUCAAGGAUCUGUACCCAGCAUUCUGUGUUCACUUUGGUGGAAGUGAAGAAGACCGACUGCCAACAGCUAGUACCUGUAUGAACCUCUUGAAGCUCCCAGAGUUCCACGACAAAGAGACUCUCAGAACCAAACUGGUAUAUGCUAUAGAAUCAGGAGCUGGCUUUGAAUUAAGCUGAUCAACAAACUUUUAACCAAAUUUAAAACGUCAUUAUUGUUAUAAUCAUUUCCAAGCAUUAUUAUUGACUUUAAAAACCAGAUUUUUAUUUUCUGUAAUUUUAAAGAAAAAGAGGAUAUAUUAAAUUCAUUAUGUUAAUGUUAUGUACUGGUAUUUCAUGAAAAUUGUGUAUUUUACUGACACUAUAUUUUAAUGACACCACACAUUUCUUUUCAACAUCAUUGUUUUAAGUCCCACAGCCAUAUCUUUUGUUUAUUCUUUUGGUACAUUGUACACAUUUUAUAUUUCAUUUUUAAUGUUUCAAUAAACUACAGUAUGUACUUCGCCAUUUUGUUCCAUUGCUGUUAUAACAAGAAUAUUAGUAAAACUGAUGGAUGUUCCCCGAACUGGAUCUAACCAAUGAACUACUUCAUAUGAUAACACACAAUGAUCAAUAACUGUUGAAAUAUUGUUGAAAUGAAGUGUUUUUCCCCCAUAUACAUAUACAAGGUAUAUGUUGAGGGAUGUUAAUCUUUACAAAAUGACCUUUGUCUGAAAGCCAUUAAUAUGCCCAUUACUUAUUGUGUGUUAUAUGAUAUUCAAAAACUGUUGAAAUAAGGAACUUUUUCCUCAUAUAUAUGUUCUGAGUGACUUUGACUGUUCCAAAAUGACCUUGGUCCAAAAGAUCAAUAACUUAAUAUAUGUUGAAGGCUUUUUUCAUAUACAAGGUAUAUUUUGAAUGACCUUGACCUUUGUCUGUUACUUAUUUGUGUGAUUUGUGAUCAAUACCUGUUCAAAAACUGUCAAAAUAAGGAACUUAUAUAUAUUGAACGGUUGGUGUUAGUGACUUCACAUGUGUAUUCCUUUUGACAAGACCUUUCUAUAAGUGGCAAAAUUUUUGCCACCUUGAUGUUGACAAUGAUAGUGCUAUCAUAUUUCACAUGUGUAUUCCUUGUGACAAUAACUUUCUUCGGGUACAAGAAUUACUUUGCGGUCAUAAGGGGCAUCGGUGUUUCAUAAAUACAUCUUGUUGAUUUAAAUUGUUAUAGAUUCCCAGUACGUGUACCUGAAUUUUCCUCUUUUUCUUUAUCGAUAAACUGCUGAUAUCCAUAUAUUGGAUGAAAAGUCCAAUUCAUGUUUGUACUCAACUUAUACACAAAUGUAUUUUGACUUGUUACUGAAAAUUUACACAAUUAAAAAUUGUUCAACCCUA